UGACAUCCAGCUCUUUGCCUUUGAAAGCAUUACAAGUCCCUUCCAUCUCAAGCAGAACACUUACACAACUUCCCCCCGCCCAAACGUUCGCCAUGGACGCAGCCAUCGCCGCCGCCGCCGCCGCCGAAGCCGCCUUGAAGUCGACCUCCCCCUUUGAGACAGGAAUCACCUUCACAAAGACGAUCCACAGAGAGCCGUACCCAACCAUCUCCCCCUCCCGCCCCGAGCUCUCCCAGGCCGGCCGCACCGUCCUCAUCACCGGCGGCUCCAUUGGCAUUGGCUUCGCCAUCGCCAAGGGCUUCAGCCAGGCCGGGGCCAAGCGGGUCAUCAUCCUCGGCCGCCGCCAGAACCUGGUCGAGGAGGCCGUAUCGGACCUCCGGAAGGAGUAUCCCAAGGUCCAGUUCGACGGGCUCUCGAGCGACGUGGACGACCUCGCCGACACCGAGAAGCUGUGGAAGGGUUUCGAGGAGGACGGCACCGUCAUCGACGUCCUCGUCCUCAACGCCGCCAAGAUCUCGACCGGCGGUGCCAUCCUGGCGCUUGGGAGGGACGAUGUGUGGAGCUCCUACACCAUGAACGUCCGCUCGCUGCUGGACCUCACGGAGAGGUUCUACAAGCAGAAGAACGGCGGUGGUCGUCAAAAGUUCCUCGUCAACGUGUCCACCGAGGCCACCCAUAACUUCACCAAAUCAGGCCCGUGGCCGGCCUACAGCGCCAGCAAGAACGCCGGGACGAUUCUGAUCCAGCUGAUCGCCAAGGACACGCCGCCGGAGGAGAUGCAGGUCGUCAACUUCCAUCCGGGGGUGGUGCGGACCUCGGCCUUCAUCAACGCGGGCAUCCCUGAGGAUUUCUAUCCGUUUGACACUGCGAGCCUGGGCGGGAACUUUGCGGUCUGGGCCGCGUCUGAGGAGGCGCGCUUUUUGCACGGCCGUUUCGUCUGGGCCAAGUGGGACGUCGAGGAGCUGAAAACGGGCGAAAUCGGGGAGAAGAUCCGGAAGAACGACCACUACCUCAAGGUGGGUGUUGUCGGACUUCAAGAGUAAGCAUCUGGUGUGCUGGAACCACAGUGUAUCGCAAGGUGACCUGGUUGGUAUAACGUUCGCAGGGAGUGGUACGUUGGAUAUAAGUAGUCACGAAAAGUGCAACAAGUUGACUGGAUUUGGGUUUCUAUUAUUACACUAUGCUACCGAC